GUUUAAAAAAGCGUCUCUUUUCGGCGCAGCGCCGCUCCUGGAGGCUCGCGCUGCGCUCCUCAGAAGCUAACGCCAGCUAGCAAGCUGUCAACCUGUCCAGUGGAGAGGCUGGGACAGACGUUUCAGCUUCCCCCCCUCGCCUUGGACACACAAAUCUCCGGCCCUCAAACCUCAAAGAAUUUUUAAGAGUGUAUUUCAGAUUUACAGUUGAGAUAAUGUAAUGCAUUACGGACGUACGCCAAGAGGGUUUUAAAUGCACUGAGGCUUGAGAGACGACAGCUCAUUGCUAGCUAACUGGCUACUUUAAUCGCCGCAACCCCCAGAGUUUCGUCGGUGUCCUGCCUGUUGUGAACCGCAGCCACACAGUCCUUUUCAUUGUCGCAGAUUCCGCGGAUAUUUGGAUAUUAGGUAAGUUAGAAAAUGUGAAUUCAUGCUGUUAAGGGUCGUCAUGUAGUUAGCCCCUUUUGCUACAUUAGCAUUAGCCUAGCAGGGCCGAGGGCUUGAGUGUAGCAAACCCUGUUAGAGGCAGGCCUGUCAAAGUUAGCUGUGAGGACAAGGGUCAAGGCCUGCAACCAGGCAAGGGUGUUUGUUUAUUUGGGUUGUGGUCUAGACUAGCUACAUGUCUAACUUUAAACGUGAAUACAAAGGCGAACUCUACCUUUACCGAGCAGGCUCACAGUGCCACCAGCUCACUAUAGCGUUAUUAUAUUUGACCUUUUAUUUGUCAGAUCUGUUAAAUCGUUAUAGCUGGUAGUCGACUUACUGAUUAAUCGGUUUGCUAACGUUAGCAUUGCAAGCAUGUAUCGAUAGCUUUGACUAAUAUUAACAUGGACUAGCUUGUCUGUUGCAGUGUUGUGCGUCGCGAAGGUCAGAAAAUUUCUUCCCAUUAGUCUUUUAUCAUAUUUUCUCGAUAUAGCACGUCUUUUUAGUCAAUACACUGAACGUUACUCUCGAUCAGGCAGUGGUCUAAGGGCGUUUCAGAGUGAUCCACACCAGCUCUGUUCCUAAUAUGUAUCCAAAAUGUGUACACAGGUCCACUAUUUUUAGAAUAGCGCAUGGCGUCUGAACCCCUCUCUAAGAUGUUAAUCAUUUGCCACAAAUGGGCAGACUACAGGCUAUCUGUAGCGACUAAAUUGAUGUGAAUUAUUAUAUACUGUCCCAAGGUUAUUGAAUUUUGAGCUUAAAAAGACAAAUAAACAAACACUGCAUUUCUGCCAACAAAUGUCUUUUUUUUAUAUUUUUGAUCACAGAUCUUACAAGGGACACAAUGGGUGCAUUUCUGGACAAACCAAAGAUGGAAAAGUAUAACUCCCGUGGUGAGGGGAACAACCUGAGGUAUGGCCUGAGUAGUAUGCAAGGGUGGCGGGUAGAAAUGGAAGAUGCACACACAGCAGUAAUUGGCCUGCCUCAUGGUCUCGACCCCUGGUCAUUUUUUGCUGUUUAUGAUGGGCAUGCUGGCUCUCAGGUGGCCAAGUACUGCUGUGAGCACCUGCUGGAGCACAUCACCAGCAACUCAGACUUCCAGAGUGCUCUGCAGGAGGACCAGUCAGUGGAAAGCGUGAAGAAUGGGAUCCGCACGGGAUUCCUGCAGAUUGAUGAACACAUGCGAACCAUCUCAGAGAAGAAGCACGGUGUGGACCGCAGUGGCUCCACUGCAGUUGGAGUGAUGAUAUCUCCAAGUUAUAUCUACUUUAUCAAUUGUGGAGACUCAAGGGGACUUCUUAGUCGGGGCGGAGCUGUUCACUUCUUCACACAGGAUCACAAACCCAGCAACCCUCUGGAAAAGGAAAGGAUCCAGAACGCCGGUGGCUCCGUUAUGAUCCAGCGAGUUAAUGGUUCCUUAGCGGUCUCUCGAGCUUUGGGAGACUUCGACUACAAGUGUGUGCAUGGAAAAGGCCCAACAGAGCAGCUUGUGUCUCCCGAGCCUGAAGUUUAUGCAAUAGAGAGAUGCGAGGCAGAAGAUGAAUUCAUUAUUCUAGCAUGUGAUGGCAUCUGGGAUGUUAUGGCCAAUGAAGAACUGUGUGACUUUGUAAGGUCAAGGCUAGAAGUGACAGACGAUCUUGAAAGAGUCAGCAAUGAAAUUGUUGACACCUGCUUGUACAAGGUAUUGUAUGCCAUCAAAGUCUAUGUCUCAUAUUUCUGCUUUUGUAUCAUUGUUGAUUUGCAUGACUUUUCUGCUUGGUCUUGAUUUUCUCCACAGGGGAGCCGGGACAACAUGAGUGUUGUGUUAAUCUGCUUUCCUGGAGCCCCAAAGGUGUCCCCAGAAGCAGUGAAACGGGAGGCCGAGCUGGAUAAAUAUCUUGAGGCCAGAGUAGAAGGUAGAGGCAUUUUUUUUUUCAUUGUGGGAUAGUAGGUCAUGGUUGAUAGUUGGACGUCAACACAAUUAUCCCUUUUCACAUUUGUAUGAUCAUUUUAUACUGGUACAAUACAAAAACUAUCAUUGCUUUUAUUUCUACAUGAAGUUUAUAAUAUUGGAGGGGCUUUAUUGAAGUGUAAGCCGGCGCAAAAACAGUGUUUGCAAAUGCUACAGAUGUAUUGAGAGUCAGAACCAUAAAACGCUGCCUGAAAAACAGAAAGAUUUAUUUUUAAAAACAAAGUAUUCCACCUAAUUGGUUCAGAGUAACAUUCUGGGGUUCUCACAUGCCUAUUUAAUGUUUAAUUUAGUCACCCUCAAUUGUAGCCAUGAUAAAGAUACAUAAUUCACUUGAUUGUUGGAAUCUGUCAGAAGUUUGCUGCUUUUUUGUAAAAGAUGUUUAAACUUAAAAUCUAAUGUUGGAGACUUAAUAUUCAGUCCAAAUCAAGAAAUCUCACUACUGUUCUGUGUGAUGUUACUGUUAGUAGGAUCUAAUUAAGUAUACUUGAGGUCUACGGUAAGAAAUGCACAAUAAUCAGUUUGAUUAGUUUGAACAAAACUUUCUCAAUCCACAGCGAAUUGUAUUUGAAUUCUAGUUUUAUAAUUAAGUGGUACCAGAAUAAAUAUUUUUUUUAAAUGUAGUGACUAUUUCAUUUAAAAAUCAUUUUAUCACAUGUUGUUAAAUGCUGACUGUACAACCAGGAAAAAGUACUUGUCUUUAGAAUCAUUCUCUGGUUAAUGUUUUUCUACUGUGAGUCCACUGGCUGGCCAUAGGUCUCAAAAAUCAUUACCACUCCCUUCCAGUGCUACACUACUAAACCUUUGAAGGGAGACAAAAUCAUAUGAAGAAUGUUUUGCAAUGUGAAGAUUAAAAUCGAAUAUUCAACCUCUAAAGAACCCUAUGGUCUGUAUGAGACUAUUGCACUAUACAGCCUUAGUUUGAGAGAAACUCCCAGUAAGAUUUUGAAAUAGAAAAAACUCAGAGGGAUUACUCCACAAGGAUGCACAAACACACAGUACUUCUCAUUUUCAUUCUAAAGUAUUCUUAGAAAGCAUAUCAAACUUGUACAUGUAUGGUGUAUUAUUACUUCUCUAUUUUGUGUUGGAAAAAAGCAGUAUUUCAGAUCAUAAGCAAUAAAAUGGUUGAUGUCACUUAGUGUAUCGGAGAAAUCAAACUUUUACAUGCCAGAGUGUCCCUGGGCAAGGCACUCAACCACAAUUUCUCUGGGUGGCUGCACCAUUAGUGUGUGAAUGGGAUUAGUUAAUAGCGAUGGGUGUUUUACAUUGCAGCCUCCGCCAUCAGUGUGUAAUAUGGUGUAAAUGAGUGUAUAAAAAAAACUUGACUUUAAAAGCGCUCUGAGUGUCUGACUCCAGAUUAGAGAAAGUGUGUUAAAUUUACAGUCCAUUCUAUGCAUAUAUUAAAAUGAUGAAAUUGAGUAUUUCCCUUUCCUCUUCACAUCUCUAUAAAUGAGAUAUUUUAAAGACUCUGCUUUAGAAGAUUUGUUUACAAUGAUUUAAAUGAAUGAAUUAUGUUCCUUGACAGAGAUCAUCAAAAAACAAGGGGAUGAAGGCGUCCCAGAUUUGGUCCAUGUCAUGCGGACGUUAGCUUCUGAAAGCAUCCCUAACCUUCCUCCUGGAGGAGAACUGGCAAGCAAGUGAGUGAGCUUUAGAUUUUAUAUUAAUAACAAACUAACAUGUAAAAUUUUUCUUUCUAAUAAAUAAUUGUCAGUUUAAUCAGGGGGGUAUCUUUUAUCUGCAAUAUUUUCUGUUGUUAUAAAGACUUACGAAAAUAUUUCUGCACUUUUUUACCCCAUCAGACGAAGUGUUAUUGAAGCAGUGUACAACAAACUCAACCCCUACCGAAGUGAUGACACAGUAAGUAUCCCAGCUUGUUGUUUUACCCCCCAUAAGUGUGCUUGGCUUGACAUGCAUGUUUUUUCUUGUGUAACCAGUAAAUAUUAACCAAUUUUAUGUAUGUUUUGUCAGAAAAAGAAAAUAAUCACGUUUGAUUGAAAAAUGGGCUUAAAUCGCUGAAACAAAAACAAUAGAAAAAAAAGGACAGACUGGAUCUUGAGUGACUAAGUGAUGUAUUUUAAAUGUCUCUUUGACUCAAGUCAAGUCUGACGAAAAGAGGAAACUGAAAUAAGCAACAUAUGUUUUUGUGUUCCUGAACAUUUUCUGUUGAUGUGAGAAUAGCUGAAAAAGCUUGAUUGUGUCUCUUAAACAGUCGGAGUAAAUCUCUAAUUGCAUUACUUGGACCUCAGCUGCACUGUUGGUGCCAAAAAUGCUCAAUUUUGUAUCUCAUGAGCUGAUUUUACUGAUUAGUUCUCUUUAAAUCAAAGGGGAAGAGCUAAUGUGUGAAAUUGUCAGGGAUUUGUGUGGAUGGAAUGAAACCUGGAUUUUUCAAAUCCUAUUUUUUGGAAGAAACAUUGCUCAUCCUUCCUUUGAAUACAAAGAGACUGCAAAGCUUCUGCCCUCAACAACUUAGAUAUUGUGCUUUUGAAUUUCCUCACUGGGUCUACUACAUUUAAUUGUGCACGUGUCAUCCUGUCCUUGACAAAGAAAUUUGGCACGUUGUUUUGGUAUUUCAUUUACAGUACAAAGUGUGACUUUUUAAGAAGAAAUUGAAUAAGGGUGCCUUUAGAAAGUUGUCAUGCUCUUGACAUCCUCAGCAUUAUGUGGUGCCGCUGAAAAACUAAAUUUACCACAAUCCUUUGCAAAUCUUUUCAGGCUGGAAGUAAAAAUGCAUUCUUAAGAUUUUUUUGAGGAUAUAUUCAGAUUGAUUUGUUGGAAUCUUGCAGUAUUCAUAUCUGUAUUAAGUGAAUUGUCCACCAAACCAGCUUUUGCAGCACUUGCACUUUCAGGUAUUGAAGGACAGAUCUUAAUUAUCUUUGCAUACCAGAGUGUUGUCCACUUGGUGCAGAUUUACCUCAGUUUGGAAAGGCAGCAAGUACUUUCACAAAGUCGUUAUAGUAGUUGUAAAAAAACUUUAAUGCAGGAUUUAGACUGGCCAACGAACUCAAUGAUUCUUGUUGUAAAGCCAGUCUAAUGUUGAUCUUAUGGUACAUGGUGCUUUAAAUGGUUUUCAUUUCACAAAAAGGAUUGUGCUUGAGGAAAUCAGUGACAUUUUCUACAUUGGUUUUAUCUUGAGAUUGGAUUUCUGUUUCACCCCAAACAUGCCCUUAAUGAUUAGUUUUUUUUUCCAACAAAUACACCUUGACAUGUUCUCUUCACUUGUCUCAUUUUAUUGUGAGGAUUUCUUAUAGCUGCUGUAAAAAAAAACAUAACCAGCUGAUUGUGAUACUGUCAGGUGGACGAGGUUGAUAGCACGUAGCAUUAUAGCUGAGGGUUCUGUGGUCUUUUCAUCAGGCCACAGACUCCUUUUUCCUUUCUGCUCUCAGUCUUCACAUGCUUUCUUUUCACACAACAGUCUGUCAAGAUUCUCUUUGUUCUUGUUUUCAGCCUUUGAGAAACUCCUUUUUUUCUCUGAGUUUCUUGAGCCUCACCUCUCAUCAUAGCUCUUCUCUUUGCUCUGUCUGGGUCGUCCUUGGAGCUGUGUCCUACCUGUCCGUUUCUCCCAGUCGCUUAGUUUGGGUAGACAAAAGCCUUUAAAGAGUAUCAGGUGUUUUCCCCCUUCUUUUUCUUUCUUUAGGAGCUGAGUCAAACAUGCUUUGUUAAAUUCCAGCACUAAAAUUGUGCUGGAUGUGUUCAUAUAACUCCUGUAUCUUUUAAAUCCUCAGACAUGACAUUCAUAGGACAAAUUGUACUAUUAGAUAUGAACCCAAUGAAGACAUAGAGAUUGUAAUAGACCUUCAUAAACUCAGGCUGCUGUACCACAACAUACAGGAGAUGCCAUGUGAUUAAGAAUCACGGUCAGAUCACGUUGAAUGUUCAGAUUAAUUAGUUAAUAAGGUAGGGCCCAUUAUGACACUGGUUUGAGUGUAGUAAAAGUAGAUUGUGUAAGUAGCAUCUCUAGAAAAAAGUAUGCCAGGUGUAGUCAUGAACACAAUGACUGACUGCAUUGUUACCUGAUAAUAAGUCAGCCUGUUUGAAUACUUCCUAUUGUUGCUGUGCAUAUUGUCCAUGACUAGCCUUGGAGACACUAGUAAACAGUUUAUGGCCGAUGUAAAGGCGUUGUCCUCCUCCAGCAGAUAAUCGCAGUUUUCUUCUGCAACUUUUAAAAUCUAGGUUGAGAAAUCCCUGCGUAGAUAAUAUUUUUAAGUCAAAUAAUUAAGGCUAAAACCAUUCCCUUAAAUAAAUCAAGUAAUUUGAUUAUUUAAAAGGCUUGAGACAAACAGUUUUGCCAGAACUGUGGCCAUUGAGUAACGAUAAGGUGUAAGCUGUGAAGUGUUAGAUAUCCUGUAAGUCAUAGCAAAUACACUUUGUUUUCAUUGUUAUUUUUUCCACAGUUGUGUCUUUAUCUAAAGCCAGGACAUGCAGUAGUCCUCUCCAUUUCUCAAGUGUUGUGGAAAACUUUUUAAAGCACUUCAAUACUCUUCGAUCGAGGGGUCACCUUUACUAUUUUUCUUGGACAAAGUUGAAGUUUUCUCUCAUUCUUUUAAAAUCAGCAGAGAUAUUUUUCUGCAGCUUUUGUUGAGCAAGCCUGGCAUCCUGGUAGUCCUCAGGUCCUACUGUUUCCUUUGUGCUUCUGUGCAAAGUUGUGUCCAGACUUUUUGACUGGGCUGGCACAACAUAGCCAGGGGUGGCCGGGGUAUCUGUGCACCCAUAGAUUAUUAGCAGUUACAUUUAUUUUCAUUUCACCAUCUUUUUUAUUGUAUUUCUGCGUGAAGUUUAGUUAAAUAUAGAAUGGAAAGUUAAUGAUAUCAGAGAAGGAUAUCAGGUAAACAUUGUUUUGUAGAUUGAUAAUGGAAAACAAGCAGCUCCCUGUGUUCUGAUAUGUUUAAAGUUAUAUGACUGACAUUGCAUGUCCUGGGAUAAGAACACUGGGCAUAUGCACAUUGCUUUUGCAAUAGUCAGCCAAUAAGUUGCUCAGCCUGGUAGGAUUAGAUUGUAGUUUUUUUUUUUAUGUAGACACACAUCUUUGUGUCUGUAUUUUCUAAAAUAGUUGUUGGCUUAAACCAAGACUUUGCCAAGCUGGUUGCAGACAGUUCCCUUAUUGUAACUUUGUAAUGUCACAACAAGAGCAAACAGUAGGGAUGACACAAUCCAGUUUUGUUGGCUCAAAUCCAAGCCUGUUCAAAGUUUGUCCCUCCGCUGAAACCAGGGCAGAUAUGUUUCAUAAACAAAUAUGUUUAUGUAAAUGACACAGGUGCCCAGAUGACACUCAAAUUCAACCUGUUAUACAUUCAUUCAUUCAUUCAUGUCAGAGUUUGAUAGGUGUAUACAGAGGAUGAUGCACCAUGGGAACCAAUUGUACAUUGCCCAGCUGUUGAGCCAGUGAAUUACAUAUGAAAGGUUACAUGUUGAAGUAAGGAUGGCCAACAGAUGGAUUUGAUCCAUUACUCUUUUGUUGAGAUAGGCUGAAUAGAUAGGUGUUUUUAGACAGAAAAUAACACUGCGAUUUUUAAACAUAUUCAUAUAUAUAUUACACAUGUUUUCCUGUCUGAGUGAGGGAUUAGACUGUAGCCCCAGAAAAUUGUCUGGAUUUACAGUAAGAGAUUUUUAAAGGCAAUGAGCAUGGAAGUGAAUUAUCUGCCUUUGUAAUCAAAAUGUAAUUCUGUGAUUAUUGCUUAUUUUUACAGGGACAAGGACCACAAAUUAGCCAUGGCUAGAAGUCCAGUAUACACAGCAUCGGUUGCUCUUUAAUUAGAUGCAACAAUGUCUGCAUGUAUCGUCCCUGUCAAAUAAGUGAAUAUAACUAAAUAAAUAGAUAAAUAAAUACACUAAGUUGUUCUAAGGGUAAAUCCCCAAGAAUUAAAACAAGACAUGCAAGGAUCAUUUAAUGAGCGAUUGAUAUUUAAGAUCUUGUAAUUUAAUACAUUUUUAUUUUACUACAGGAUUGCUCAAAACCUCACCACUAAUUCACUGAUACAGUUAAUAUGUUGUUUCCAUGUUAACUCAAGUAAAUCAUAACCUCUAAGAAUUUCGUCUCGUACAGUCUGUCAAUAUUAGAAUUACUGAUUUUUAACAUUUUUCCAUAUAUUUCCUUGAAAACCAUAAAUUCAGUAUUCUUAGGGCAGUUUAUUAAGAUCAAACCAAAGCAGUAAAAUUUUAAUCUGCAAAAAUAGCAUUUAAUAAAAAAGUGUAACUCUGCAGAUGUCAUUAAUUUUAAAUUUUGUUUUGGACCAAUCACUGAUCCUUGCCAACCAUUUAUCUUUAUCACAAUGUCAGAUUCUGACAUUUGUCUAUUUUUCUCUCAAAGUACUUACAACCUGAAUAUUAAUUGCAGUCACUUUGCCAAGAGCGCUGCACACACUUUGUGAACUACAUGCGUAGAGUAUCGGCCCCAAGUAAAUUCCAGUAGUGUCAGCUUUACACAACCAUUUCUGGUUACAUGAAUUCUAAGGUUUCUUUAAACUUCCUAAAAAAAACAAUAAUUUUGUACUUCAACAAACAUAAAACCCCCAACAUAUUACAAAAUGUUCUUUGUAAAUUUUGCUUCUAAAAUUUCUCACUUAUGUAGAAUUUGUUUGCCCAACAUUAACUCCAGUACCCAGACUUCAGUCAUGGCCUUCAUAGAGUACCCCUGCUGUGAUAGUUUGAUCAAAACAAGAUCAUAGAUAUAGAAAACACUGAUUUAGCUUUUGAUUAAAAAAAAGAAACAACUCUCUUGUUAGGACCAUACAGUUGUUGUCUACAACUCUCCCAUGAUGAUUAAACAGAAUACAGCUGAUGUUGGAGGGCAGUUGGUUAUGAGACCCCAUUAGUGAACAGAGUUCUUGCUGAAACCUGAUACAACACUUCAUCAGGAUAAGCAAUUGAACUACUUUUCUAACGGUAUAUUGCUACCACUGAUGUUUUCCUUCAUUCAUUUUGUUUAAAAAUGUGAAAAUACUACACAGUGCAGCUUGUAGAGGAUUCAUUCAUCUAAGACAUCUGCCACACUGUUUUGCACCUGAAGGUUUUACGAAGACGCUUCAGAAUCAAAACGCUGGGAUUUGUUCUGAAUCUGCGCUUCUUUUCAUUCAUGCACAAUCUCUCUCUGUGUUUCUUUUUUGUCUCCCUUGAGCCACAUGUGUUUGCUACUGAGCAUUUAGAUAUUGUUCAAUUUAUGCUUAGUGCCAGGUAAGAGUUCCUUUACUUGAGGAUUAAUAUAAACAGGUCUCUACUGUUUAUUUGAAUUAUGAAAAAAUAAAAACCCUCCACAUUUAGAGAGAUGCCAGAGCAGAAAGUGUUUUAGAGUUGGGUUAUUACAGUAAUCAUUUAUUUAAGCAGUGAUUUGAGUAUUGUAGCAUCUUACUUAUUUUGUGUAUCCUAUUAUUAUUGAAGUUUUUCUCUGAUAAAUCUAGUAUGGAGAGUUAAAGUCCUAAUUUGCUGCUUUUAAAGAGUUAUAGCUAAUGAGAAAUGAGGUUUUAAUGGUUUUUGUUUUUGCAUUUCAGUUGAUAAGUAAUGCAGCAGCAUUUAAAAGGAGAGAAGUUUAUUUCUUAAGUUAAAGAUAAUCUUUUGAAGCACUGACAUUAGCUCCAAAGAUGUGGGUGAAAAUAAUUGUGAGGAUUCAAAAGCUUUUCUGUGAGCCACUGAAUGUUGUUAUUUCCUGUCAGUUUGUAUCAAACAUGCUUAACUCAGCUCUUGAUAGAGAGCUGGUGGAUGUAGAGCCCGAGUCUGAAGGGUUUUUCCUUCCUCUUCUCUCUUAUCAAGGACUCUGCAUCCACAGACGACAUGUGGUAACACAACCUCCUACCACUAACACAGCAUAGCGUUUACAAACCACCAUCCUCUCAAGACCAACAGCAGCUCAGCUCAGCAGUCUGUCUCUCCGUCACUCUGAGCUUUUGGUUUCUAAGAAGGGAAUUUCAUGGGAGGAGAAGGAGGAGGAAGAGAAGGAGAAGAGGGAGGAGGAAGAGGAGUUGCAUGCACACAAACCUGGAAUAGUGCAGCACCAGUCCACUCUGGAGUUCAGGAUCCCCGCCGUCUCGUCUCCCCUUUAUGUUCACCCACCUUAAUACUCUUCUCUAAAGUAACCCAUAACAAGUGAGUCCACAAGGUCUUCUUUCUUUUUGUUAAAUAAUCAGCUUAAGUAGUGAAUUUUUUUGUUGCUGUAAUUAAUUUGAUUCACAUUUCCUUGUGUGUGUUUGUAUAUUUCUGUUUUUGUGAAGUGCAAUUGUCCUGUACAAACAGCCUGUAUUUAAUGCAGCUUGAUUUUAAGUUAAAAAAUGAAAGAAAUGAAAAAGAGAACCUUUUAUGCACUAUCUGCCUUUUUCCUGCUCUUCUGGAAUUGUAACAAAUGUCUAUUCAGUGAAUAUUUCUGCUUGUCCUCCAGGCACAACAAUGUCUCUGCGCUUUUACUUCACUUUAUUUUAUUUUAGUUUUUUCAGUUGGUCUAUGCUCCUUUUUAAGAAACGGGUAAAUUGUAUAGUUGACAGCACAGUAAGCUCUCUAUAUCAAACCAUUCAAAUCCUAAUUAUUUUUUCCCUAUGCUUUUUUUAAUUGUAUUUUAUUUUUGUAAGUGGUUUUCUGUACAUGCUUUGAAACAAUGGCAAAGUGUUUUCUCAGUCAUUUUGGAAGUGUGAAGUGAAAAAAAAAAACAUCCUCUUUUCAUUUCUUCGAGGCAUCUGACAAAAAGAGACCCCUGUUAACACGUUUGUCUGUGCAAUGGAUACUUGCAAGUGUGCGUGGGUGCUUGUGUGUAUGUAUGCGCGCACGUCUGUUAGUGUCAAGGCAGAUUUGUUUGUGCAACUCUAAAUUAGCUAAGGUGGUUCAGACAGCAGACCAGGCUGGACUUUUAAGGGAAUUUAUCUUCUUCAUUAUUUGCCCUUUUAUUCAGCCAGUGAUCCCUAACAUCCCAAAAAGAGACUUUCACUACUACUUCUUGUUCCAAAAUGCUUUGGAUAACACAGUUUACAUGCUGCAGUGCUAUUUGAACAACUUCAAGCUAAGAACCACAGUACUUAAACAUGUGGUGACACAAGUAGUCUAAUUUACUCACAGUUUCCAGCUGGUCAGAGACUGACUUGCUGACACAUCUUGUGUCAUAUUUAAACACCAGUACCUAAACAUUGUUCAUAUUGCCCGUGGUGGGUGCCAUAUGAUUUAUAAUCACCUGUUUCAGCUUUAUGACAGCCUAUGCCAAGUUUGUUUUUCAUUGAACUCAUUUUUUUUUUGUGUGUGUGUGUGGUACCGAUAGAUUUUUAGAGUCUACCUUUUACAUUUGUUAAUUUGACUCAAGCGAACAGACAAAGCACUGAUUAUUUUAGAGAAAAUUUACAACAGGAGGAACUCUUGACUCUACAUGUUUUUAUUUUGACACUCAAACUAAGAACAAAUCAGCUUUGAGUUCUCAUGGUUGCGUAGCACCUUUUUACUCCCUUGAAAUUUAUCUGCUUUGGAAAAAAAAUCACCCACAGCUCCGGAAGCCAGAGUACAGGGGUCCGUUUCACGUAGCAGGUUUAGUGGAAACUCCGAGUUUGUUAACCCUGAAAUCAGGGAAACUCUGAGUUUUCCGUUUCACAAAGGAGGGUUAGUUAAACCAGGGAGAGAGGGGUAACUCUAACCUGUUUCACAAAGAGAGGUAACUCAACCUCGCGGUCAGUUACCACAGUAACAGACUCCGUGAACCUAACCUGCUCGGGAGCAGGUUUAACUCAGUAAACCCAGAGUUUCAGGUGAGACAUCGGCAUUUUCUCAUUUUGAUCAUGUUUUACAUUGUCAAGUAAGUAUUAAGUGGCAGUUUGAUCCCUUAAAAAAUGCUCUUUUCACACUCAAAACUGAAUUUUACUCUCUUAUGAUGUUCCGUUAAAUGAUUAGGAAUAUUAAACUAACACAAAAACGGGUGGUGGUCCAGCAGCCCCACCUUUAACGGAGGCAGAGGAGCUGCCCCCACCCCCCCCCCCACACACACACACACCAGUCCGACGAUCGCUGCUACGGGGUGGGGGUUUCGAUCGUCGGGGAGGGGGGGGGGGGGGGGGGGUGCUAAAGGUGGGGCUGCUGGACCACCACCCGUUUUUCUGGCAUCUGCCCUCUUUCUGUUUGCUGAGUGAAAGUCUAAUAUUGAGUGUAGUGUGUGUUAGUUUAAUAUAUGUACAUAUACAUACUGAGAGUUAGUUUAAUAUUCCUAAUCAUUUAACGGAACAUCAUAAGAGAGUAAAAUUCAUUUUUGAGUGUGAAAAGAGCAUUUUGUAAGGGAUCAAACUGCCACUUAAUACUUACUUGACAAUGUAAAACAUGAUCAAAAUGAUUCAAGCAGUUUCCCUGCAACAGUCUGUCAUUGUGAUUGCACGAGACUAGAUUUAAAGUUACGCAUUGACGCGAGCAGCGAUUUCCUCCCAUGCCCUCUCCCUCUCCUUUGCAGCUGCUGCUGUAUUGCACUUUCUUUUAAAAACGUGCUGUAAUUCGCUGUUGGCUUGCUGCUGCCCCCUCCUUCUCCCUGUUUCCAUUGGUUGAUCAUUGAAUCUGCGCUCCACAGAUGCUGGCUGUUUAUGUCUGGCGUGCACGUGCUUAACUCCAGGUCAAACUACUCGGAGUUGUUAAAACCGUCUCAAAUCAGGUAUUGUGAAACCGGAAACUCAGAGUUAACUCAGAGUUUGUUGAACCACCUACGUGAAACGGACCCCAGGUCACUUACCUGAGAUGGUCUAUGAGUUCCUAUUUUUUUACUUCUUAAUUUUAACUGAAUUUCCCCCUCUGCAAAGAUAGUCACUGACUAAAUCUGUACUUCUAUUAGAUGAACUGUAUUUCUGCAAGAUUAAUGGUUUUAUUUCAAAAAAAUUCUGUUGAAUAUUUCAUUGUUUGAAAAUUUGUGUGUAUAUUUUUGACUCAAACUUUCAAGGAAUAAAUCAUUUUGCUUGAGGUAGAUUUUUGCCGUGGACAAAAUGUGAUUCUGGUUUGUUUUGGGAUGGUCAGGUAAACCUGUGUGUCUUGGCAACAAAUAUUUCCCCUGUUAUCACAUUUUGGUUUGCGUGAUAAAAAACACAGCAGCAGUCAUAUUAAGUUUAUACCAGUCUUACUCAUAAAAAUGACAAUCCUAACUAUUUCACCACAUUUAGGUUAGUGGUGGGAACAUUAUUAAAAUCUUAUUAGUAGAUAAACUUUUAUUAAAAUCCUAAAUGCCUGAAUUUGCUGCUCUUGAAUAUGCUCUUGUGGCAGAGAGGCCAAAGACCACUCAAAUUUAUAUUGUGAAGUCAGAUGUAAGAACAAAAUGUAACCCUGUAAAAGAUGUUUUAAAAUUUAGAAUAUAGAGACUGGAAUUAACUUAUUUUUGAGUUUUCGCUCAACAAUUUUAAAGCUUCUCCUUGGAGUUUUUGACCACUGGGGGUGCUAUAGAAACAUACUUAGAUGAGGAGGUACUUGCCUUGCUAGCAUGAACAUGCAACACAAAAUUACCAUUGUAAUUUUUUUCCAUUGACUGUAGGGGGCGGUAAUGUGCCUGACAGUUAAUAUGGUGUAAAAAGUGUUAAUGAAUAGUUGAAAGACCAUGAGACCACAUGGCUGAAAUAAAAAAUACUGUUCCUUGACAAGGGUAAGAUCUUUAAAAAUGUUUGUUAGACAUGGACAACUGGGAUAAUGCAAUUAGUUGUUUUGCUCAUAAAUAUAAAUGUUCACACAGGAUACUUUGUGGAGUAACUUUAAACUGCCAGCCUCAUUUAAAAUGAAAAAACUUGGUGUUCUGUGGCGACUGAAAUCCUGUCAGGUUGGAAAUUUGGUUGUGUGUGUUUUUUUGCUGAAGAAAAACUUUUUUUAAUAUUCUGUCCCAUCGCAAAGGCCACAAACUUAAUUUCAACAAAAGAUUGACCCUGGAAAAGGAAAAGUGUCAGUCACUUGGUUUUCAUUUGGAUCCUUUAUACCCACAAUCAAAAACUCUUCAAGUUACACAAGAGAAUUUAGUGAAUAAUACUUUUUUUUUUUUUUUACAUAAUCCCCUCUUUUGUGUCAUCUGGCGACUGUCUAGUGAUGUGCUGCUUUGCUCGUACUCAAGAAAGUAUGUGCACAAAAUGUCGCAAGCAGUUUCCAGCACCCAGCUGUGUUUUGUAAAACUCUUGGGUGUUGGUGAAUUUUAAAUUUUUUGCAUAUUUUCUUUGUUGCCUGGUAAAGAGCAAACUGUAUUAAUUUUUUUUUUUGCAUCUGGAGGCCACUGAGGACCCCGCACUCUCUGGCUUUCUGCAUAACCCCCAAAAUUUGAGAAUUCAGGAAUUGGUCCUGCCGGAUGCUGGUUAGUUGUUCAUUAUAAAACCGACUAACUCUAAACAUUGAAAAGCCUUUUUAAUGUUUAAAAUUGCUGUAGGUGGAAUGUUAACAGAUAUCAGAAGUGGCUUGGCUUUGAUUUGUCACAUUUUGGUGUUUUAUUUACAUUUGUACAUUUCUAUUGCACCCCUGUUUCUCCAUAGUCCCCAACAAAAAGUGAACAAAAAAGGAUCUGGAGCAUCUUUCAUCCUUGUUUGAAUUUGUAAUGAACUGAAAUACCUCAUAACAUUUAUAGGAAAAGUUUUUGUCUUGUGUUUUUGUAGAUCCAAACUGCAGAGAGCAGUUUUUUGUGAAUCUCCCUGCUUUGAUUUGUAACACUGAUCUAUUUGGGUGGGAUAAGCCUGUGCUUGUGUACAAUAUUGGACUGAAUCGUGCUGAAUCUAACAAACAAGUGAUAAAAUUAGUAACUAGGAACACUAUUGGCCUUGUGAUAUAAGCUGACCCUCCUCUCUUACCCACACCCACUUCCCUGAAUGCUCACCUGUGUAAUAAAUUCACCUCAUCCACAUGUGUGAUGUUCACUUAGCUCAGAUCUAGAAUUGUAUGGAGAGUUCAGGGUUUAGAAAUGUGAGACGUAAAAAAAAGAAAAGUAGGUGUGACUUAAUGACGAUAGUCAUAUGCACUGAUCAUCUGUAUAAUCAGCUUUUUCUUUUUUUCUUUCAGAAAGUUGUUAUUGUAGAGAAGAAAAUGAGAUUAUAAAGCUAUUUACAGAGUUACCUUUGGUUGCCUGGAAUGCAUCCUGUAUUUUCUUGUACGGAGGACGGCCUGGCAGAAGAGAUUUUAAAUGCUUGCACCCUUUUGUACAUAUUGAUGUACCUCGGUUGUGGCGUUUACUGUGUGACCCUUAGCAGUGUUGGUUUCUUUGUCCCCUCACAGGGCAACAUGAGCCUCACUUUGCUGACCUUUUUCAGCUCAUAAAUAAGCUCACCGAUUUGCCUUACCCAAUCUCAUGUUGCCCCCUAAAGUACUUGUUCAUCUAAACACUACGAGGAGGAGUGAUGCUGCUGACAUUACACUCUUACAGUUAAAAAAAAUCCUGUCCCUGUGUUAGGGUACUUAAGCUAUCAAUAAAGUGACUUUGUCCUGGUUCUCACAAGGUACAACUUUUCAACCAAUUGCUGGUUUGUAUGCUACUUUUUUCCCCCCUGUAUUACCUUUCACUCUCGGUCUUGAAAGCUUAUUUAAUUUCUCACUGCGGAUGAUGUCAUACUUUUAACAAAUGCAAGUGUUUUAACAUGGUAACCUCGUAAGCAUUCAAAAAUGUGCAUACAUACAUUGUCUGCUCUAUUUAUGGUUACAUUCAAGAAUAGCUUUAGAGUGCUGUAGAUAAGUAUUGUCAAUGUUGAUUCAAAUGCUUCUAAAAGGCCUCUGUGAGUGAUUUGACAAAGUUCAAUAACUGUAUAUUUUGUAUUAUGUUCUAGCUCCAAAGGAAUGGCAGGAUAAAAAAAAAAAGAAAAUGUUUAAAAAAGCUUUGUUCCCUGAACUAAAUUGUACUAUUUGUGUUGUCGAUUGAACAAAUUGCAUUCCUUGCUUGUGAAUUGAUGCAUUUCUCUCCCUGCUCCUUAAAUUUCCCCCCUCUUUGCCUCCUUUCUUUCAUUUUUUAGCCUUUGAAGUUUGAAUAAAAAUUCUAGUUUGCAGAAUGUAUUACUAAAUAAAUGGGUUGUUAUCUUGUACCUCUCAUUUCAUCACUUUUUACCUCUUUAGGCCUGCUAUAUAAAUAACACUUCCUACAGUUGAUGUAGGAAAAACGUGAACCAACAUUAAACAGUUAUAACAACCUUAAACGUCUGCACAACAGUAAGUUUGUUGCAAUAAUGCAGUAAAGGGUUUUUAUUCACAAUACACUUUGCAUUAUUAAGCAAACUCAUCUUCAACACCA